AUGCUGGUGGUCAGACAUUAUCAUGAGAGAGUGCAGCAUCAGGGACGACACUUCACCCUCGGUUUAAUCAGGAGUAGUGGAUUUUGGAUUGUGGGUGGCAAGCGACUGGUUAACACCAUUAUCAACAGCUGCAUAAAAUGCAAGAAGCUCAGAGGCCGAAAACAGAUCCAGAAAAUGGCAGAUCCCCCUAAGGCUCGUCUCACCCCAGCCCCACCUUUCAGCUACGUUGGGCUCGAAGCUUUUGGACCAUGGCUAGUCAGAACCCGGCGAACUAGAGGAGGUGCUAUGAACAACAAACGUUGGGUGGUACUCUUCACAUGUUUGGCAACCAGAGCCAUCCACAUUGAAUUGAUCGAAUCCAUGGACACUUCUAGCUUCAUAAAUGCACUGCGCAGAUUUCUAGCCUUACGAGGUCCAGCCUUACAGCUCCGCUCCGACUGUGGCACCAAUUUCACAGGGUCUACAACGAGCUGCAGUCCGGCCUCGAAGCCGUGA